CACAAUGUGUAUAGCGGUGUCUCUGAAACUGAGAAACAACGAAUCACAAGAGCUUUUACAGACAACCUUGUCGAAUCGUAUUAACCUUCAGUGAGGGUCGGUCUUCAACGUUAACUCCAAACCGGCCAUGUGCGCUGAGGAAUCGCAUUGCACAGAUUUCCCAUGAUGUCAUUGGCUGGUUAAGUUUUGGAAGUUUAGAAACAUGGCUGUUCUUGGUUUGCAGAUGAUUUUUAGCUUAAUAGCUUUUACAUUUCUGUACAAACUGUCUCGCUAUUACUCGUUUGGGAGGUGGAUUCUGUCAAAUCGUCUGGUACGUUACCUCCAUCCUACAAAUGAAGAACUAAAGACUGCUGCUGGAAUACCCUCGAGUGGAGGUGGAGGAACAAAAGCAAGACAUCGAAGGGAUUAUCGACGGAAUAACAACCAAGAAGCAGUAAAAACGGAGUCUUUUACUGUACCUCGGAGUGUUUCUUUUACCUUAGAGACUGCCAAGGUUGAAGCCAAAGAUCUUUUACCACUCCACUAUUUUGGUGAAUUUCAGUGGCUCAUGGAUUUUUCAUUAUGUGCUUUGAUUGUCUACAUUAUAACAGAGAUUUAUUAUUCUGUAUUAUCUCGAUCAGAGCUAAAUGUCAGCAUCCUCUGGUGUUUGUUGGUUCUUGGGUUCUGUUUUAGAAUCCUCCUUAUGCAGACUUCUGUUUAUUUUCAAACCGAAGAUGGUGGUGAAAGAAUUCUCUGCAUCACUUUCUCAUUUUUCUUUUUGGUGGCAGCAAUGGGAGUGUUAAUUGUCAGUGAAGAUAACUUGGAAUUUGGCUUGGAGAAAGGUUAUAAAAAUUUCUCAGAAAACGCUAUGGUCUUCAUGAAAGAACAAGGGGUAGGAUCUGAGGGGCCGAUAAGCCUUUUAACUUUCAAAAUAAUACUUGCUAUUUUAUGCGCCUUUAUAGGAGCAUUUGUCACUUUUCCUGGACUUCGUUUAGGUAAGAUGCAUGUUGAUGCUCUAAACUAUAGUCAAGGUCAGCCUAUUUUACAGUCAUUUCUCUACAUCAGUUUUGUUUUUCCAAUGUUUAUUUUAUUAAUGUGGGUGAAGCCAGUGGCUCGAGAUCUUUUAUGUGGACUUCAUUGGCGAACUCCUGCAAAAAUUAUGAGUGAAUCAGCAUUUGAAACAACUCGCCUAAUAGUUAUAGCUGUUUUUUUUCUGUUACGCUUUGGCCUUAUGAGUACAUAUCUACAGUCCCAUUUGAAUCUAGCGUAUGAACGUGUUGAAAUUAUGCGCAAGGAGAGUGGCCGUAUCUCAAACAUUGAAAUCCAGAAGAUGAUUGCUCGGGUUUACUAUUAUCUUUGUUUUGUGGCUCUUCAGUACUUCACACCGAUUCUACUUGUAUUGUUCCUAACGUUUCUGUUGAAGACUUUGGGUGAUUACUCUUGGGAGAGCAUCUUAGGUGUAGAACAUGUCAUGAAACCAACGACACUACUUUCGCAAUUGAAUAACACUCAUGCAGAUCCUGUGGCCCAGGUGACAACAGCUAUAGCAAACAUUCGUGGUAUCUUUACUUCCAUUUGGUAUCGUGGAUUACUGUCAUUUUUGAAUUGGUGGAUUAUAGCUGCUUGGUUUACCACAUCAGUGUUUGGUACUCUUUACUACACAAAGUCUAAUGUUGGAUGAAAAUUUCAUUACACAUCAUUGAGAAAGUAAAAAAAGAAACUAAAAAAAAAAGUCAUGAAUGUUUGUGUGUGUGUUGGUGUUUCAAGAUUGAUCAGCUCAAGAAC